AUGAGCCUUAUUUUAAAGAAUAAUGUAGCCUUUCCUAUCUUUAAACAUUAAGAAACCUUGACCUUUCAUCGUAGAGAACAACCAAGUAGAACAACAAAUCGAUUUCAUACUGUUGCCCCAGUAAGACACUUAGUUUCUUAAUAAACCAGACCGAUAAAUUUGACCCAUUAAGGAGAAUAAGCUUUUGAGAGAAACCAUAAAGAUAAAUUAAAAACCACCUUGACUCCUAGACCAACUCAGAAAAAAGAUACAAGUUUAUAAGGUUACUUAGAACAUUUGAAUUCUGUGAGAACAUUUCGGUCUCCUUUAGUUGGUGAUGCAACAAUCAAAAAAAUUAAAGAGGAAGUCGAGCUAUUUCAAACUGAGAGUCAAACUACAUUAUAAAGAUUCAAAUCUUUAAAAGAACAAGGUGACAAACGCAAAAAGAUAAGUUUGCUGGAAACAGUACGUAAUCCCUUAGCUUAAUAAUAUAAAAAAUUUACAGAAUAACUUUAUACUCUAACUCAUAAUCUACAUUUAUUGAAGGUAAAAUUUCAUUUUUAUAUUAGGAUUAUUUAAACAACUCAAGAAAACUGUUUCAAGUUGUAAAAAACCUUAUUGGAAUAAAGAAAAAUCUUUAUAGAAUUCUAAUUAAUCCUUAGAAUGAAGAGUUAUAUGAAUUUUCAGAAAUUUCUCGACUUUGUUGUAUUAGGGAUGUUCAAUUUAUCAAUGGGGAAUAAAGAGCAAUUGAAAAAUUUGAUUUGUCCUUGAUGGAUGAUUUAAUUUAUAUGACAGAUUCAAUAAAACAGUUGUUACAAUAAAAUUAAUUGAAAGCUAUCGAAAGAAUGCGUGAUAAUGUACUCUUAUUUAUAUUGAAAAAAGAUUAAAGUUGAAUAGAUUGAGAUUAAUAAACUAAGAGGUUAAUUAGGAAUGAGAGAGGAAAAUCAUUAACUUUCAAUAGGAUCUACAGCUAUGAAAAGAUUCAAACCUCAUUUGGAAUUGGAAAAUAUUGAAUCUAGAUUAGGAUUGCUAAAUUAAAUACCUAAGUAAGCAAGAUGGACAUCUUAAUUACUUUGUGAUAUUGUAGAUAGAUUAAAUGAAUGA